AUGGCAGCCACCUACGAUUUGAAGGUGCCUUUGCAGAAAGAGGAUUUUACAUCGAUCCCGAUUCUAGAUUUUGCACAGGUCUCGUCUCCAUCAACCAAAUCAGCCUUCCUUGAAAAUCUCCGCGAUGCACUAAUUAAUGUGGGAUUCUUCUAUCUCCGGAAUGCGCCCAUUUCGCCUGAUCUUCAAAGUUUAUUUACGGCCAAAGGCUUAGAGCUAUUCCAACUGCCGUUGGAGAGGAAGCUUGAGAUUGAAAUGGUCAAUAGUCCACACUUUCUUGGAUACUCUAAACUCGGGGCCGAGAUUACCGCCCUGAAGCAGGAUUAUCGUGAACAGUUUGAUGCAAAAGCAUUGGAUCUACCCUCAAAUGCAUUAGACGACGUCUUCGACAAUCCGCAACAGCAUAAACUCAAACUGAUAAAGUAUCCUCCUCCGCCGGCCUCAGAAAACGAUGACUCCGGAUUUCAGGGUGUCGGCCCUCACAAAGACUCGGGCUUUCUCACUUUCCUGUUGCAAGCUACUCCGCAUCAUGGGCUUGAAGUUCAAAAUAAGGCCGGAACCUGGAUUCCGGCUCCUCCACUUCCAAACACGUUGGUCGUCAACAUCGGCCGAGCUCUCGAGGCUCUGACCGGAGGUAUUUGCAGCGCGACUACUCACCGAGUGAGUCUGCGUCAGGAGCAUUUCUUGGAUGCUGAGGGCAAAUCUCUCGGUUCGCGAUUUUCCUUCCCCGUCUUCCAGGGUGUCAGUCUUGAUCUCUCUGCUGGGAAAAUCUCACUGGUUAUUCCUGAACAUAUUCGUGACCUGGUCAAGGAUGAUAAAGUCAAGUCCGAUGCUGAAGCGACAUUCAAUGAGAUGUUCCGUGGGAGCAUUGGUGAAGGCACAUUUGUCGCCCGAGUGACAAGCCAUCAAGACGUCGGGCAACGAUGGUAUCCGGAUGUAUUGGCCAAGGCACUGAAGGGGCAGAAAGACUUUGUCUCUCGGUGA